UUUCAAAAAAAAAAAAAAUAAGAAGAGAAAAGCAUUUGGGGAAGUCGGGGGCACGUCUCCGACGGCAUAAUAAGAAGCAAAUAUAAAAGCCGACCGGCCGGCGAGGCGCGAUGGAGAAGUCGCCAAAGACACCCAGCGGCGGCGGGACACCCGACGCCUCCAACAACAACACAUCUCUAAUGGAGAGUCUCUUAGGCCUUCUCAGAGUCCGUGUCAAGCGAGGCAUUAACCUCGCCGUUCGCGACGUUCGCAGCAGCGAUCCUUACGUUCUUCUCAAGAUGGGAAAACAGAAGCUGAAGACCCGUGUUAUAAAGAAGGAUACUAAUCCCGAAUGGAAUGAAGAUCUGACCUUUUCUGUUUCUGAUCCCGAGGUUAAAAUUAAGCUGACUGUGUAUGAUCAUGACACAUUCACCAAGGAUGACAAAAUGGGAGAGGCAGAAUUCAACAUUAUUGCAUUCAUAGAUGCACUGAGGAUGAACCUAUCGGGCCUCCCAAGUAACACGGUGGUUUCAAGGCUGAAGCCAAAUAGAGCAAUCUGUUUUGCCGAGGAGUCUCGUGUCAUGUGGAAAGAUGAAAAGGUGGUACAAGAUAUGUGUCUCAGACUCAGGAACGUGGAAUGCGGUGAGGUGGAACUCCAACUCCAAUGGAUAGACCUUCCUGGUUGCAAGGGAUUGUAGAACAUAGUAACAUACCACUUUACCGAGUGAUCUUGUAGGAUACGUACAGUAAUGCCAAUGUAUUUGUAAGUAUCAAAUAUUAAGGCUGUAUGUUCAAAUACAUGGUUUUUUGCAAUAAAAUAAAUGUUUAAAAUGUUCAGUUUUUCUUUUAAAUGUUCAGUUAUAUUGAAGUAAUUUUAAGAUAAUUUUAUAAAGUAAUAAAAAUUGAUUUACUUGUUAUUUAA